CAAUCGUGAGGCGAUGUGACGUGUAGAACAAUUGGCGAUGUAAGAUGUCGAUGGCUGCACCGAUAGCCACGCCGGAUGAGAAAAAAAAUCAUGACUAAUCUCCCUAAAAUUAGAUUUAAAUUAGAACACCGUGCUGUUCGAGCGGUAAAUUUAAGUUGAAGAUGAGGCUGUUCAAGCGCUUGUGAUUCGCAGAUGACACGGCAGAUAAUUUAAGCAAAACUUAUGUUGCCCUCCUACAUGCACAAGAUCGAUUGCCUGUGGUGUCAACCCAGUGUGCAGGCAAGGCACGCCUUCCAAGCAUCAUAAUCCUUGCCAGAAUAUGUGCCUGCCGGUCACCAUCGUUUGACCCUUAUCCCAGCAAUUUGCUGUCUUCUCCAACUUGUAGUCUUGUAGAUAGAUAUGCAUGCUGCAUAGGAGUAUUUAGCUUGGGACACAUAUCACUCCCCUUCUCCAUCAGUCCUCAUUACAAAACCAUAGAACAAAACCCAGAGUUGAGCAAGAGCAAGAGCAAGAUGGCCGGGCUGCAGAGAUCUUCACUAACAUUCCGGAGGUCUGGUUCAUCAGGCAUGGUCUGGGAUCACGAGAGCCUUAUGUCAGAGGACCAUCAUGGCCAGAUGGAUCAAGGGGAGCCGGAGUUCAAGGAGCUAAGGCACUCUCGCAGCGUUGGGUCUCUUGGUCUGCAGCGGCGCCGGCGGCGCGACGGCGAUGGCGGCGGCAGCAGCCAGGCUUACCGUACGCGGCGUGUGACCCCGGCCCUGGAUCCACCUUCGCCCAAGGUCCCUGGUCCCUGCAUCUUCUGUGGAAUUUUCAGGAAGGCUGGGUCUUCAGAGCCCUCUAAGCCCAGGAGGUACUAGAGUGCUACAUCUUCUUUGAUCAGCCAUAUUCUGUGAGCUUUUAUCCUUCGAGAAGAUGAUCGAUGUAGCCUGAUGGUUUGUGAGCUCGUGAAGUUCAGGCCCAUCAAGUGGAGAUGCUGGUAGUUUGGGUCAUAUGCGUCAUGCGUGGAUGCAGUUUGGAUAGUUUUGUGCCCAUCUGCUUACUGUGCUGCUCGAUAUAUUACCCUCUGUUUGUCUACCUCGUGUUAGUUUGUCCAUGUAACACUGCAUGUAACAGUAUUCUUGAGAGAAUCAAGUACAUGAUAGAAUAUGUAUAUACAUCUCCUUGCACAGUUGCACUGCAUAUUUUGUAUAAGCUCAUGUGUACAUGAACACGAUGCUUGCCUUUGUUCC